AUGAUGUGUCUGGAGAUUUGGUACAUGGCCAGCAUUACUGUUCUCACGGGGAUUCUGGAUAAUGCCGUGACUGCAGUUGGCUCACUUGCCAUCUGCACCAAUGUGAAUGGGAUGGAAGCCAUGGUUUUCAUUGGAAUUAAUGCCGCUAUAAGCGUGCGAGUGUCGAAUGAGCUGGGAUUAGGACAUCCUAGAACAGCCAAAUACUCUGUUUAUUCGACUGUUUUCCAAUCCCUCCUGAUCGGGAUAAUCUGCAUGAUUGUCAUCCUCGUAACUAGAAACUACUUCAGCAUAAUUUUCACCAACAGCAAGGAUUUGCAACGGGCUGUUGCUCACUUGUCGGGCCUUCUCGGGAUCACAAUGGUUCUCAACAGCGUCCAACCAGUUGUAUCAGGUGUUGCCGUGGGAGGCGGAUGGCAAGCUCUGGUGGCUUAUAUUAACUUGGCUUGUUACUACAUUUUCGGCCUGCCUCUAGGAUAUGUUCUUGGCUAUGUCGCUAACCUUGGCGUCGUGGGACUUUGGGGAGGGAUGAUUGCUGGGACAGCCAUGCAGACUUUAUUGCUUCUUCUGGUGCUCUAUAAAACCAAUUGGAAAAAGGAGGUCGAGCAGACGACAGAACGAAUGAGAAAGUGGGGAGGCCAAGACAUUGCAGAUGAAAAGGAAAAUCCAGCUGCUUAA